GAAACAGAGAACGAAUUUGGCUACCGGAGAGAUGAAUAUCGAAGGUGAAAAGGCUAAACAAAGUGCUUCGGAAGCAAUGCAAAGUGCUAAAGCGAAGGCAGAUGAAUUGGGUGAUUGGGCCUCUGGCAAAUUCUCCCAGUCUUCGAAAAUGAGUAUCAAAAUGUAAGCGACUUCUAGAAGAAGAAAAACAAAUUCCGUUACCGGGAAUCGAACCCGGGUCUCCUGGGUGAAAGCCAGAUAUCCUAACCGCUGGACGAUAACGGAGUGCUGUAUGCUUUGUGUGUGCAAAUUUAAAUUAACUUCAAUAUUUCAAAACGCGGAUCCUCAAAAAAUGCAUUUUACGUGUGCAUUUUGGAUGAGCCAACAUAGGUGCGAUGACUUUUUUCGGAGGUUCCACCUAGUUGGUUUCAUGUUAGCUCAAAUCAAACUUUGCUCAAUGUAUCAAGAAGAUGUGAAAGAUGCAGCAUCAGAUGCUAGAGAGACUAUAAGUUCUACUGUGUAUGAGGCUUCUCAAAAGGCUAGCGGAAUGGCAAACAUGGCAUCUGACAAAUUAGGUGAUGCAAAGAAUGUUGCUUCCGAGAAGGCAAAUCAAGCUAUGGAUGCAACAGCCGAGAUGGCUCAUUCUGCCUCAGAGAGAGGGAAACACAGUGCAUCCGAUGUGUACGACUUUGUAUCCAAGAAAGCAGAUGAUGCCAACAAUAAAGCGAAAGAGAUAGCUCAUGAUGCUUAUGACCCCACCUCCGAUAAGGCAGGGUAUGCAAUGAACACGACCUCUGACAUGGCAGCCGAUGCCCAAGAAGGAGCAAAACAUAAAGCUUCCAAGGCCUAUGAAUUUGCCACUCGGAAAGUGGAUGAUGGAAUGAAGAUAGCUUCACAAAUGGGCAGCAACGCCAAGGGGAAAGCAGGUCAAGCCAUGGACAAGACUUGGGACAUGGCGGGCAAGGCCAAAGAUAGUGCCUAUGAUGCUUACGGAUACACCUCCGAUAAGAUGAAUCAAGCAAAGGAAACGGCUUCACAAAUGGGCAGCGACGCCAAGGGGAAAGCAGGUCAAGCCAUGGACAAGACUUCAGACAUGGCGGGCAAGGCUAAAGAUAGCGCCUAUGAUGCUUACGGAUACACAUCCGAUAAGAUGAAUCAAGCAAAGGAAACGGCUUCAAAAAUGGGCAGCGACGCCAUGGGAAUGGCAGGUCAAGCCAUGGACAAGACUUCGGACAUGGAGGGCAAGGCCAAAGAUGGCGCCAAUGAUGCUUACGGAUACACAUCCGAUAAGAUGAAUCAAGCAAAGGAAAAGGCUUCUAGUAGUGUUGUUAAUGCAAAAGACACGGUGAAAGAUAAAGCGUCCAAAGCCUAUGACCAAACCAUAAAAAUGGCUACUGAUGCAAAAGACUCGAUGAGGGAUGUAUUGACGGAAGGGAAAGAUAAAGCUUUCAAUCAAUAUGAAGAUGCCAAAUCAAAGGUUCACGAAACUUGUAAGUAUGCGAAGGAUACUAUGACUGAGCAAGCUAAGGAAAAGUAUGAAGCUGCUAAAGAGAAGGCUUCAGAUGCUGCUGGCAACCUUGGCCAAAAGAUGAGAAGUACAGAACUAUGAGGAGUACUCCUAUACGGAAUCUUUCGUUUCACAUAGCCUUUGUUGAAUGUUCAGGUCAUCUUAUGAGUUGAGCUUAGAUUGGCACUUGUUAUGUUUCUUUUGUUUUCUUGAAGUGUCUCUUUAACUAGUCAUUGCAGUAACACCCUACUGAUGAACUUAAUUCUGUACGUUCUUUUCUUCGGUUGUUGAGCACUGUAAAUCGUAAUGAGGAGCAUUUCUUAGUGUAGCA